AUGUCGUGGUAUUAUGUGCCUGUACCUACCGUACGUCCGGUGGAAAAUUUCAACCCAUCGCAGGACGCGGCCGCACUUCGUAAAGCGAUGAAAGGUUUCGGCACCGACGAACAGGCGAUUAUCGACAUACUUUGCGCGCGGAGCAACUAUCAACGCCUGCAGAUUGUAGACGCGUUCAAACGGGACCUGAACCGUGAUCUCUUGAAGGACCUGAAGUCAGAACUAAGCGGUAAAUUUGAGGAUGUGAUCGUCGGUUUGAUGAUGCCCCCGUUGAACUAUCUCUGCAAGCAGCUGUACAAGGCGAUGGAUGGUAUCGGCACGGAUGAGAGUACACUCAUCGAGAUACUGUGUUCGCAAGAUAACGAAACGAUGCACGCAAUUUCGCGUAGGUACGAAGAGAUGUACGAUCGACCGCUGGCCGAACACGUCUGCUCGGAAACGUCCGGCAACUUCAGGAAACUGUUGACGCUUAUAAUUACCGGUACGCGGGAUCAAAAGGAUGUUACUAAUCCGGAGCUAGCCGUUGAACAAGCCAAGAGCCUUUAUAACGCUGGAGAAGGAAAGUGGGGGACAGAUGAGUCGGUGUUUUAUAAGAUUCUGGCCCAUGCCUCCUUUAGCCAGUUGUCCAUUGUGUUCGAUGAGUACAAGAAGCUUACCGGCCGAACCAUCGAACAGGCAUUGAAGGCGGAGGUGUCUGGCGAUUUCUACGAAGCCUUGAGCGCGAUCGUCGAGUGUGUCCAGAUGGCGCCACAUUUCUUCGCCAAAAAACUAUUCUUGGCUAUGGAAGGUCUCGGCACGGACGAUAAAACGCUGAUCCGAAUCAUCAUCAGCCGAGCAGAAAUUGAUUUGCAGAACAUCAAGGAUGAGUUUGAACAAAUGUACAACAAAACUCUUCUCAGCAUGGUGAAGAACGAAACUUCCGGGGACUACAGGCGUGUUCUUUGUGCGUUGAUUGGCGAUGCAUGA